AUGGAGCUUCGGCGACUUCGCGGCCUAACGCCAGCGACCGCACGGCAGCUGUUCACAUCGACGGUGGCCCCGGUGGUCGAUUACGCCUCGAGCGUCUGGAUGCACGCUUGCAGGGACAAAGCCAGCGGACCGAUCAACCGAGUCCAAAGGGUGGGAGCGCAAGCAAUUGUAGGGUCAUUUCUCACAGUUGCGACCAGUGUUGCGGAGGCAGAGGCUCACAUCGCCGCUACACAACGUCGUUUCUGGAGACGGGCCGUGAAGAUGUGGACGGACAUUCACACCCUGCCAGAAACCCAUCCGCUCCGCCGGAGUACAUCGUGGAUCAAGAAGUUCAGGAGAUACCACCGCUCACCAUUGUACCAGGUAGCGGACGCACUGAAAAACAUCGAGAUGGAGACACUAGAAACCAUCGAUCCGUUCGUGUUGGCACCAUGGGAGACUCGCGUGCAGACCGAUGUUGAAGCAAUGGCGGACUCACAUGCAGUACCGGGCGGAUCAAUUCAAGUUGCGGUCAGCAGCUCGGCUCGGAACCGCCUUGUGGGAUUUGGGGUUGCGAUCAAGAAACAGCCACCUCGGUAUCGAAAGUUGAAACUGAAGAGCUUUUUCGUGACACUAGGCGCAAGAUCAGAACAGAACCCAUUCUCCGCAGAGCUAGCAGCAAUGGCACAUACAUUGAACAUGCUAGCGGGACUGAAAGACUACCGGAUCACGCUGCUCACGAGCAACAAAGCAGCUGCCCUCGCAAUAAGGAACCCUCGGCAACAGUCGGGCCAGGAGUUUGUUCGCCAAACGUAUAAGUUGAUCCAAAGACUGCAGAGAAACGGAAACCACAUCAAUAUUCUGUGGGUCCCUACCAGUAACGACAAUAAGCUGCUAGGUCUGGCCAAGGAGCAGGCCAGGACCGCGACCCUGAAGGAUGCCGUCCCGCAAGAAGCGGUCCCCAGGAUGAAGUCGACAACACUGAAUCUCGCUCGGUCUCAAGCAACUGCCUACAAUGACUUGCCGGAGAACGUAGGAAGACACGUGAAACGAGUAGAUGCAGCUUUGCCAGGAAAACACACUCGACAGCUGUAUGAUCGAUUAUCGUGGAAAGAAGCGAGCGUGCUGGCCCAACUCCGGACUGGCAUGGCUAGACUCAACGGUUACCUCCAUCGGAUCAACGUUGCAGACUCGGACCAGUGUGCAUGUGGACAAGCAAGAGAGACCGUGGAACACUUCCUCUUCCGAUGUCGGAAAUGGACCACACAACGAAUAGCAUUGCUGCAAUGUAGCAACACUCACCGGGGCAAUCUCUCCUUCUUCCUGGGCGGGAAAUCGCCCUCUGAUAAUCCGCAAUGGACGCCGAACUUAGAAGCCGUGCGAGCCUCAAUACGAUUCGCGAGCGCCACAGGCCGACUCGACGCCUCCUAA